AUGCUGUUCCUGGGCGCCAGCGACAAUAGUUUUGUUUUCAUUUGUCUGCGGUGCAAGAACUACACUGGCGGUGGCCAGGUACGCUUGGAAGCUGAUUUGUGCGAGGCCCGCCUGCAGGCGGCGCUCGCCGAGGAGUCCCAGCUGGUCCAGGGUGCUCCUGCCAGUCAAGCUGGGGCACCAGCCGACAGCAAGCUCGACGCCAGCAUCCUCCUGGAGCGGCUUGCGAAGGAGCUCAACCGCACGAUGCAGCAGAAGGAGGUGUCCGAGCGAGUGCACAGAAACACCAACCACGAGACCAAGGACCUCCAGGCGCAGCUCAUGGAGACGAUCAGCGGUUUCACGGAGGUCAUCACGGGCCUGCAAGAGCAGUUCGAGGACGGCACGUCCACGCCGGCGACGGCAUCGGUGCCGGUGGAGCGGCUGCAGGAGCAGCUCCGGGACACGGCCGCCCAGAACCGCGAGGCGGGGGCCGAGCUGGAGAGCCUGCGGUGGCAGCUCGGCAGGCUGCAGGCCGCCCGGCUGGAGGCCGAGAAGAGCAGCGGAUCACCGCAGCUGUCGCCCGAGGAGGAGGCGGCGCAGCUGCGGCAGGAGCGCGACCUGCUGCAGGCUCGCCUGGGGGAGCUGAGGUCCACGGGCUCGGUGUUGCAGCGGGACAAUGCGGACCAGGCCCACACCCAGGAACUGAAGCGGCUGCGGCAAGACGUUGAGGCCCUGCACAACACGAAGGAGCAGCUCCGCGAGCAACUCCAGCUCCAGGACCGCGAGCGCCAGGAGCUGCAGGACAACUUCUUGUACGUGAAGAACCAGCUGGACAAGGUCCAGCUGAAGCAGGCGGACGCCGCGGAGGACCUCGCCGAGGGCUGCCCGAGGGAGCUCGCCAAGCACCACGCCGCGGUGCGCCGCGCCGGCGAGGAGCGCGCGCAGCUGGGGGUGCGGGCCGAGGCCCUGCUCCGCGAGAUGGAGCGGGAGAAGGCCUACCACGAGCAGUCGCUGGAACGCGUCGUGCAGGCGAACGCCAGGCUCAUGGAGGAGCGGGACCGCGCCGCGCAGGAGGUGGACCGCCUCGGCCGCCUCUACGCGGAGACAGCCAGGCAGCUGCGCGAGGUGGCCGAGCUGGACACCACGGCGGCGGCCGACGCGGGCGCCCUGGCCGACUUCGGCGGCGCAGAGGGUGGCGCGCCCCCCGUGAGCGAGGAGCAGCUGUGCGCCCUGCGGGACAUCAACAGCGAGGACGAAUGGACGAAAGACGAUUACAUCAAGCAGCUGGCAGGGGACUACGUCUCCAAAAAGAUGGCCGGGCACAGGGGCGAGCUCAUUCGGGACCUCACCAAGGUGGUCUCUGCGACGGUCUCCGACCAGAUCCAGGACUUCGCCGCUCAGCUUACUGAACACUCUCGUGCUGCUGGGAAGCUUGCGGAAGGCUUUGACAGGGGUACCGACGCAACGAUCAUCCGCAUCGUGCCUUCCCAGCUGGUGGACUUGUCUGCGGCGCAGCAAAUCAUGUCGGACUGGAUCGUCAGCUGCGGGAUCAAGGCCGAGUUUUUCACGAUUUCCUCAAGCGAGCAGGUCAUGGCCAUGGAUAAGCAGAUGGCGACGCCCCACAUCGGCGCGGACAAGAAUCCCCGACAAAUCAAGCUGGAUAUCCAGGGCCGCAAGCUCAGGGAGGGGGGCUACCUCAUGGCGGGGUGGGACCCAGUGCUCCGCCUCUCUCCCAACCCUGAGAACAUUCCCUCGGAGGUCGCAUGGGCCGACAACAUUGCGCAGAAGCUGGCGCUCCCGAAGGAUCAGCUGGCGGGGGCUGUCACAGGCAUCAUCUCUCCGCCCGAAGCUGCAGAGUUGAACUUCACGUGCGGCAUUGUCGCCAUCCAGGAGGUUCACCAGGAUAAGAAGCAGCUCGCCGACUUUCUCUCCAAGGUUGCACCACGCGCGAAGGUCUACACCAGCUACUGCGAGGGGCCCGCAGCACGGGGCGGUGUCGCCACGAUCCUUCCCGCUGAAUGCCGCGCUGAGGUCUCUCAGCGAUUUUUCGCCCCUGGUAGGGUUCUACGAGUAGCCCUCCAAUUGGGCGGCUUCUAUGUUUACCACCACAAUGUGCACAACCACGACCUGGCCACUGCCCGGCUCAAGGGAGUGUCGAAAGUUUUGGCUGCUGACCUGAUGGCGACUAUGUUGUCAUUCUUCAUGGUGGCCUCAAUUUUGCUCCACGUGCCCCUCUCCUUCUUCGCCAACCUCACCGCCGACCCGCCCAAGGUACUGCGGGCGGUGAAGCACCCGUCUGACUCGGCCUGCGUCUCCAGCGACCCCGCGACCAUGACAGACCGCCUGAUCGAGCACUGGGCCCCCAUCUUUAAGUCCAAGCCGAUCGACCUCUGCCAGGGCCUGCGGAAUACGGACAUAAAGGUUACCACCGCCACAGUCAACAUCCAGUUCAGCAAAUUGCUCAUGGAUUGGGCACCUCGAUCCCAGAGGGGCUUCAUCCCCAAGGGGAACUUUGGAGUCAACAUUCACGAGCUCGACGUUGCAGCCCGCGCGUGGUCGAACCCCCCUGCGGCUGGCGCUGACCUUCCUGCUCUUGUUGCACUGGGCUUUGGCGCGGCCUGCCCGAUCCUGGCGCAGUCCUUUAUGCUGAUGGUCUUUCGGCAAAUGCAGGCCCCCAGCGCGUUCAUGGCUAUCUUGGAGCAGCUCUAUCAUAUAUUGGACGCGACCGUUAUGAAGAACGGGAUCCCCCUCGGCACCUUCAACAGCUCGGCCUGGCUCCACCUGCGCGGCGCUGGUGGCCCAUCGGUUGCGCCCUGGCUUGCCAUGAGCAUUGGAGCCCUGGCACACCCGGUCGCAGCCAAUGCAGAAGCUGACCGAUGGCAAGCAAUGCGGCCCAUGUCGGUGGGCUUGCAACGAUGCGUUGCCAACCUGAUCAAGACUCGCAUCUCCCACCCCCCGCUGUGGACCUUCCUGCAGGCGCUAGGGGACAGAACUGAUUCGUGGGCUCGCUCGUGGAUCCCCACGCUGAUGGUGAACAUGUACGGCUCUGACUUCGAUCAAUGGAUGCAGUGGCGCCCUGACUAUGUGGAGAACCGAGAGCUGAUGAUGACUUUGAUGCAACGAUGGCAACACACGGUUCCGGCGUCAUCUACCCUGGCGGCUCCGUGGGGGGCGCCCUUCUGCCUGCUCGUGCCGCUCCGCCUGUCCUGGAACAUCCGCCUGUGGACCGUCCUCUUCCGGUGCCUGAAGCAGCCCCCGAAGAUCUCCCUGGCCCACAAGAUCUGGGUGUUCUACCUGAGGAUCAACUCCCACCUGUUCACCCUGCUUCUGAACGCGCUCUUCAUGAUGAUGGGGAUGGCCGCGCUGAAGAACUACCACUACGUCGUGAGCCUGUUCCUGGCGUUCUUCCUGCCACCGCCCAUGCCUAGACCCGCGCCCGACAUCGACAGCAUCUACUGCGUCUGCUCCAAGUACGGCGACUGA